AUGUCGUCAAAAGUCUCGAACAGCACAGAGCCUGAAGAUAAAUGGUCACCGCAAGAAGAAAAGGCUGCGUUGCGAAAGCUUAACUGCUAUCUUAUGCCUUUACUCGUUGCCGGCUUCUUCGUCCUGCAGCUCGACCGCAGCAACAUUAGCAAUGCGAUGACAGAUACUUUAACUGAGGACCUGAAAAUCACCAAAGACGAUGUCAACGUGGGUUCUCAACUCAUGCCAGAGAUGCCAACUGGCAUUGUCAUCGCAGAGAUUCCUUCCAACCUCAUCCUGCAGCGACUCGGCGCUCCCGUCUGGCUGACCUUCCAGAUGGGCGUCUGGGGGACUAUUGCUCUGACCCAGGCCUGGUGCACCAAUACUCACUCUUUCCUGGCCACGAGAUUCCUCCUUGGGAUAUGGGAAGGGGGCUACAUCCCAGGUGGGCAGUACAUGCUAGCUUUGUUCUAUACUCGCGAAGAGUUGGCGCUACGGACGGCAAUAUUCUACUUUGGAAACUACUCAGCCACAGCCAUCGGUUCGCUGAUGGCGGCUGGGAUUCUGAACAUGAGUGGGACUCUGGGGCAAUCUGGCUGGCAAUGGUUAUUCUUAAUUGAAGGAGUAAUCACGCUGGUUAUUUUUCUUGCCUUCGUCAUACUCCUCCCCCAGAGCCCCGGCCGCGCAGCUCCUAUCCACGGUUGUUUCGACUUUUUCACCCCCCCCCCCCCCCGCCAACGCCAGAUUCUUCGAGCCCGUAUCAUGGCAGAUGUCGAGACAAAGGGUGCCGACAAAGCUCAUAUCACCCUCAGGUCUUUUGCCGAGGCAAUAAAGGACUACCGUCUCUGGCUCCACAUGCUGCUUAAUCUUGUCGCCUUGUCACCUAAGGGCGGACUGCAGCUUUACGGUCCCAAGUAA